GUUGCUAGUGAUAUCUACAUGAGGUGUUUGGGUGGUUUUCUUUUAUAUUUGAGGUGAUUUAAUGUAAGUGAACGCUGUUUUAACUGAAGGAAGAGAAGCAGAAGAUUCCUUGUCAUGGUCGGGUCUCUAAUUUAUUUUUAUUAAUUUGUGUGUGUGUGUUAGCGCUUUAUUUUUAACGAGAGUGACAGUAAUGUAUGUUCUCUGACGUCUGAUUUAUUACUGCCAGACAGCUAUAUGAACAAAAGUUCAUAUGAGCUCUUGAAGAUGUAAUUUGAAGUCAAAUUUCAAGUCAUUUAAGAUAAAAUAAAUAAAUAAAUAAAUAAAAGCUACACGUCACAAUUUUUGUCAUUGUGUUUUCUGUCAAAUCAGCUGAAAAAACAGUUUGCAAUGGGAUCCUUUAUUCUAACAAAUUCAAGGACUUGUCUCAAGAACCUGUGCCCCCUACUUAGGCACCCUCUUUAUCACCAGCGUGCACCGCAAAAGAACAAGCAGCCUAAUAAUCAUUCUUAUUGCACUAAUGGAGAGAGAAGACCAUCAGCGUUUCAUGGCACCAAGCACAGAGACUUCACUCAGAGAGAGAGAACUUCAUUCCCAAAGUCAGUGUUUGCAGCCGGCAAUGCUAGAAGAACUGCUGAGAUUUUAAAGAGGAAAUCAGGAGCAGAUCAGGAAAAGGUCGGUACGGGUUCACCAAAAGGCCGGGCGGCCUGUAUAGCUGAGGUUCCUGACCGGGCUCUGAGCGUUUCGGAAUGGAGAGAUCUAAAAAGCAGCUCGUCCAGGCCGGAGCGCUUCGAGCUGAGGAUGAUGGAGGGAAUGCUUGCCGCUAAAGCUGACAUCAGCAUCGCUAAAUCUCUCCUCAACUACGUCGCUGAUGAAAAAGGAACCCUGCCGUACGAACUGCUGCUCAGGUUUCUGACGCUUUGCGUUUCUGGUGGCCAUCACUCGGAAGUUUCCGACGUCUACGACAUCAUGAAGAGCUGCUUUAAGACUCUGGACACAGGAGCGUACAGUCUGUUUGUGAAAGGCCUGAGUCAGACCGAACGCUGGAGGGAAGUCCUGAUCAUCUUGGAAGACAUUAAGAAGGUCAUCACACCGUCAUCCAGGAAUUAUGGCGAUGCUGUCAGCGGGGCUGUUCUCCAUGGCGACAGGGAGACGGCGUGGCGUCUGUAUGGUGAGCUGAUGGAUCAGGGACUCAUGCCCAAUCAGGAAACAUGGCGGUGUUUAUUUGAGAGUGGCGUGAGUCAGCAUGCAAACAAAGACGAACUCCUGGCAAUCCUGACCUACAUGAGAGAAAACCAGAUUUAUCCGGAGGAGAAGCUGGUCAGAAGCCUUAAAGCGUGGUUUGAAAGUUUACCAGAUGAGAACUGGAGAGGGAAGUUUACUUCUGUGGAUCCCAGAGGAGUGUGUCAGAGCUGUGGGACAGAACUGGAGUCCAUCCAGCUUACGGAGGAGGAAUACGCCCAGCUAAAACACAGAGUGAUGGAGGACGUGAUCGAGGGCCGGGACGUCUUCAAUAAGACCACACCUGAGGAGCUGGAAAGUUUUAAGAGCUUUGUGAAGAAAAGACCCGCGUUUGAUGUCAUCAUCGACGGCCUGAACGUGGCGAACAUCACACCGAAGUGUGUCAAAUCACAGACGCUGUUAGCAGUGGUCUCGGAGCUUCAGGGUCUGAACAUUCUGGUUCUGGGCAGAAAACACAUGCAGCAGCCGUCACGAAACUGGAACAGACACGACAUGAACCAGAUCAAACAGAAAGCACACUGCUUCUUCACCGAGAACAUCUCGGAGGAUGACCCGUUCCUGCUUUACGCCGCAUUGCAUUCUGGGAACCACUGUAACUUUGUGAGCCGGGACCUGAUGAGGGAUCACAAGGCGUGUCUCCCGGACAACGCCACACGACGCCUCUUCUUCAAGUGGCAGCGAGGACAUCAGCUUGUGCUCAGCAACUUCAUCCCAGGGAAAAGGAUUCACUUUCAGAGGACGUCACUCUAUGAUACCGUAGUCCAGAGUCACGGAAAGACGUGGCACGUACCCUAUGAUGAGGAUAGAGGAGACCGGAGCACGUAUGAAGUUCCACAGAGGUGGCUGUGUCUCAGUAAUGAUGUGUGAAAUGUGUACUAUACAAAUUAAUAAAGAAAUGGAUUUGUUGGUUAA